UCUUGAGCUAUGAUCCCUUAUUAUUAUUAUUAUUUCCAUGAUUAUUAUCGCUGCUAUUUGAUUUUAUUCCUUUGUUCCGAUUUUCUUUUCGGAUUUUUUAAAUUCAUUCUUAUUUCUGAUACCCAUGCCGCAUGUAUGCACCUGUCUAUUGCCUCCCUGCUCAUGUUAUUUGAGCUUUCAAUAUGUCCUUGCAAUUCUUGACCACCUCCAUCUGCCGGGACCCAUCUAUACAUGCAUUGGACUUGUGCUGUGUGGAUUCCAUACCGUCUUCUUGGUCUUCUUAUUUUCUGAUCAUCUGCCUUUCUUUCCCUUCACGCUCCUUCGCUCUCGCGCUCUCUUGUGAAACUACCUAACAGGUAGGCCGUGCUGACCUAUAGCGGUCCUUUCAGGUUUGCUACUUCUCCUGCCAUUCUGAUGAGUCCCACCGAUUCAUGCUCCGGUUAGUAUGGCUUCAGUUCUUUGUUCUCCGUUCAGUUCGCUAAAACAGCACCAACCCCAAAACAUAUAGAUACUUUCUCGCCCGCAUCUGGCUCAAUUUACUCUCAUUCACCAAGCAUACCCUAUGACAGAAUGCCCGACUUCAGGUCCCAUCGGGUUCCUCCCCUGUAAGCCAGAAUCUUCUCCCCACCACAUGGGUUCGCGUGCAUCAAUUGACGAAGGUGAUAUGUCCAGUCAACCGCCUGCGGGGAUGUCGUCGACCGUACAACCGCAGGGUACGGGGGGUGCCGGCAUCAUGAGAGACAGCUAUCCGGCAACUUAUACCCUUCAGCGAAGCACGUUUCCCUCACUUUCCAGUUUGAGCGACAUGUCACGGAUAUCGCCAUAUACGACCACGCCACGGGCUCUCGAUGGGACGGUGGACCGCCCGCAAAGUCUGCUUCUAGGGCAGCCUUCGAGUAUGAUGUUUGAUUCCCGGCUACACAACCCGACAGAUGCUCCUCCCUUUUCCGACACGGCCGUCCUUCAAUUCAUCGUCUCGGGGACGCAGACCAUCAAGCCGGAAAUUCAGGCCAAAAUCCACAAGGGGUUCUUCCUGGUCGACGACAAGUGGACUUGCUAUCGACGCAAUUACUUUUCCGUGUCCUGCUCGUUCUCCCUCGUUCCUUUCACGCAUGCCCCGCUUUUUCUCAAAUUCACAGAUCACUCGACGGAGCGGAUCCUAUCAUUUGCCAUGUCAAUAUCAGCGAUAGUGAACGCGCAGUAUGGCGAGGUCCGAGAACUGGUCCAGCACACCCCCAAGCGUGAUAAGCAGUCCGAGCGGAAGCCAGGGAAGGUGGUUUUGCAACCCUGUCAGCCGCCGCCAUUGGUUCUGGGCCACAGUUCCACAGGCAUUGGCAGCCAGCAUGGGUUCUCGUUAACCACUUCUCCCCCGAGUGGAAUGUCGGUCGACUACGCCGCCCCCUACAGCAGCGCUCCGCAGCCCGCGCACCCGCCCACGCAGCACACGUUUGAGCGGAUCCAGUUUCAGAAGGCCACGGCAAACAAUGGCAAGCGGCGGGCCCAGCAGCAGUACUACAACCUGGUGGUCGAGCUCCACGCGGAGAUCUCGAAUCCGGUGGGCGGCGAGGACACCCAAUGGGUGAAGAUUGCGCGAAAGCUCUCCCACCCAAUGGUGGUCCGUGGCCGCUCCCCGGGCCAUUACAAAGACGGCCGUCGCGACAGCUCGACGAGCAUGGACCCUAAUGGGGGGCGCGGUGGCUCGGGCGACGGCGUGCUACCUCCGGGCAUUGGACCUACACGGUCUCACUUGAUGAUGUCGUACGACACACCACGCAGUGGCCCACCCUACGGUCGGGCGGAUUACCAUCAUAUGCCUGCUCCCGACCGCUCGUCCCUAAGCGAAAGCCCGCACAUCUCGUCCUCGUCGUCAUCGGCCUUUGACAUCGAGACCUUGAAUGACUCCUCCAUGAACCCGAUGGAUUCCAUCAAAAGCACCUCCAGCAUGGAUUCCUAUCACGAUUCCGGGUUCGGAGCCAUGAACCGCAAGCCAGAAAGUCAGUAUCGUUUCAAUUUGCCCCCUUUCGGGUACGACGCUGUGUCUAAAAAUAGCGAGGAACCCGGCACCAGCUAUCCCGAGUCCUUUGAUUCGAUGAUUUCAAUGAUGCCCCAUGAACAGCACCAGCAUGAGUCCUCUCUUCAUCAUUUCAAACCUCCGAUGAAAAUUACACCGCCGGGGUAUCAUCAUACCACGGGGGGCUAUGACCCGGCCUGCCCUGCUCGGACCAGUGAUAGAGACACAGCGUCGUACCCGAAAGGGGGCAAAUUGAAAUGA